AACUUUGGGGGUUACAAAAAUGAUUUUCACCCAAUUUGGAGACCAUAAAGAGAAAAUCAGACAAGAAUAUAUACCCACCCGUUUUCCCUUCAAUUGUAAUCUCCAUUUGCCCUAAACUUGUCUCUAUUCGCCGUCAUCUUGUUCUUUCUUUCAUAGGUCAUUUUGAUUCUGGUACAAUGAGGAGGAGAAGUUACAGCCCAUCACCACCUAGAGGUUAUGGCAGGAGAGGAAGGAGCCCGAGCCCCAGGGGUCGCUAUGGUGGUCGUAGCAGAGAUGCUCCUACUAGUCUUUUAGUUCGAAACCUUCGCCAUGAUUGUCGGCCAGAAGACCUCAGAAGGCCGUUUGGGCAAUUUGGCCCUGUCAAGGAUAUUUAUUUGCCGAGGGACUAUUACACUGGUGAACCGCGUGGCUUUGGAUUUGUCCAGUUUGUGGAUCCCGCUGAUGCUGCAGAAGCUAAGUAUCAGAUGGAUGGACAGGGUUUCCAAGGUCGGCAACUCACUGUGGUUUUUGCAGAGGAGAACAGGAAAAAGCCAACUGAAAUGAGAGCCAGGGAGCGUAGUGGAAGUGGUAGGAGUAGCCGUAGCUAUAGCUAUGAUCGGAGGCGGAGUCCCCCUCGAUAUUCCCGAUCUCCACCUUCACGCUAUGCACGAUCACGCAGCCGUGGCUACUACUCUCCCAAGAGAAGGCACUACUCAAGGUCUCUUUCACCUGAAGACAAAAGAUACAGUCGUGAGAGAUCAUAUUCGCGUUCCCCAGCGCGUGAACUUUCUCCUCCACCAUACAAUGGGUCGAGGAGUCGCAGUCAAACUCCGGUCAGAGAGCGUUCACCAUAUGAUGGUGGUCCAAGGAGCCGCAGUAGAACUCCCGUUGGGGAUCGUUCUCCGGUGAGGAGCCCCAGUAGAAGCCGUAGCAGGAGCCCUGAUGAUGCUCGCUACUCGAGGGAUCCAGACCGCGAUGUCUCUCCAUGAUACUGACCUAUGUUUUUAGUAGAUGAAUGCUGUAAUUUGGAUCACCUUCUAGUUGUAUGACUCUUUGGUGUUAGUUUCUAAACUUAGUAGAUCUAAGUUUGGCAUUUAGACAACAUGAAUUCUGAUUGGUUAUGCCAUUGGAUUAUCUAUGAAGUAUGGUAAGAGUGUGCUUGUUACUGUGA